CGCCUCGGGCCUGGCAUGGCGGCGCGGCGGCCCCGGCCCCGGCCCCGGCUCCGGCUGCAGGUCUGGCUGCUCCUGCAGCUCCUGCCGCAGGUGUACUGUGAGUAUGGGAUGGUACAUGUCCUUUCGGAGAUGCCCGGCAGCAAAGGAAAGGACUACUGUAUCCUCUUCAACUCUCAGUGGGCCCAUUUGCCACAGGAUCUGGGUAAAGCUUCACUCUUGGAACUGCAGAAUCAGACAGCAUCUGUUUUGUGUUCUUCUUCUGAUGUACCUCACGGGGGAUUUAAUAAUCAAAUCCCCAUGGUGAUGCGAGGGAAUUGCACCUUCUAUGAGAAAGUGAGGCUUGCUCAGAUAAAUGGAGCUCGUGGGCUGCUGAUUGUUAGUAAGGAGAGACUGGUUCCUCCCGGGGGCAACAGGAGUCAAUAUGAAGAGAUUGAUAUUCCUGUGGCUCUGCUCAGCUAUGAUGAUAUGUUAGAUAUUCGCAAGAAUUUUGGCACCCAUGUGAGAGGGGCAUUGUAUGCACCAAAUGAGCCUGUGCUGGACUAUAACAUGGUGAUUAUAUUUGUCAUGGCUGUGGGGACUGUUGCAAUUGGAGGCUACUGGGCAGGAAGCAGAGACGUUAAAAAGCGGUACAUGAAGCACAAACGCGAUGAUGGCACAGAGAAACACGAUGAUGAAACAGUUGAUGUGACUCCCAUAAUGAUCUGUGUGUUUGUAGUGAUGUGCUGCUCAAUGCUGAUCCUCCUUUAUUUCUUCUAUGACCACUUAGUCUACGUUAUCAUAGGGAUAUUCUGCCUGGCUGCAUCAAUUGGUCUUUACAGUUGUCUGUCACCCUUUGUAAGAAGAUUCCCCUUGGGAAAGUGUAGAAUCCCAAACAACAACUUGCCUUAUUUCCACAAGCGGCCACAGGUCCGGAUGUUGCUGCUGGCAGUGUUCUGUAUCUCUGUCAGUGUAGUCUGGGGAGUCUUCAGAAACGAAGAUCAGUGGGCCUGGGUUCUGCAAGAUGCUUUAGGAAUUGCUUUCUGUCUUUAUAUGUUGAAAACAAUUCGCCUGCCUACAUUUAAGGCUUGUACCUUGCUCCUCCUGGUUCUUUUUGUGUAUGAUGUAUUCUUUGUAUUUAUCACACCUUUUCUAACAAAGUCUGGGGAGAGUAUAAUGGUGGAGGUGGCUGCAGGUCCGACUGAUUCUUCCACUCAUGAAAAGCUCCCCAUGGUCCUGAAGGUUCCACGCCUGAACUUCUCACCCUUGGCUCUGUGUGACAGGCCUUUUUCUCUUCUAGGAUUUGGAGACAUUUUAGUUCCAGGCUUACUGGUAGCCUAUUGCCAUAGAUUUGAUAUUCAGGUCCAGUCAUCCAGAGUGUAUUUUGUAGCCUGCACCAUAGCAUAUGGCAUAGGCCUCCUCAUGACCUUUGUUGCCUUGGCAAUGAUGCAGAUGGGCCAGCCUGCUCUCCUCUACUUGGUGCCCUGUACCCUCUUCACAAGCUUUGCUGUGGCUUUUUGGAGAAAGGAGCUUGCCAUGUUCUGGACGGGCAGCGGCUUUGCGAAAGACCUACCUCAGCCUCCCUUGGUGAUAGCUCCUGUCAACUGCCCUGAGCUACCCAAAGACAGCAAUGUACCAGCCUCUCAACAAGACACAGAGCAGAUGAUCAAUCCUACCCUCCAUGUGAAGGAGCUGCAAGGCCCCACCUCAGCUGCAGAGGAGCUGGCUGAUACCACCACAAAGAGGGACCAGUCAGAAAUCCCUAUUGCACAGAGUGAGGAGGAACCAGCUGGUCAGGAUAAGGACAACGGUGAAAGCAAAGGCGUAAAUACAGAGCAGAAGCAGCUGGAAUAAACAGUGGGAUAAGAACUCCUUUUCCCUCUCAAGCAUAUCCAUGUAAAACCAGUAUGUAUUUAGGACUGGUUUAGUAGUGUUUGCGUUCAUUGAGGAACCUCACUGGGAGUCUGAUCAUCAAAUCCAACAAGGAAUGUUCUGCCUCCAGCUUCGGUACAGCUAGACAAUUCAAACAUCUUUCUGAAAUAUGGUGCUCUACAAGGGUUCUGAUGUAUGGAUUUCAAUGCUCAUUUUAUUAGGGAAUGCCUUUGACCGUUCCAUUUUCUCUAUAGCAAGGUAGUAUUUACAAGUUUAUUUACACAGUACUCUGUGCUUGUGUGGCUAUUUUGCUGCUUUAGCAUAGUGUAGAUUCAGAAGGAGGAAAAGCAUUGAACAAGUCUGUUACAAUGCUUAAUUGAGAGAAACAUGAUAGGGUUUGGGGGUUUUUUUAGCACUUUCCCUAUUGUCACCUUUGCUUUUUCCCUACUUGUCACAACCAUUGAUAUAAGGGAAUGCUUUAGUACAAACUCAUUCAGGAAAUGCAGAGAAUGGUUUAAUUACCAGCCUCUGAAAGGAUUUAUACUACCAUGGUGCAUUAAAUGCAUCUCUUAACGUUUUCGUCUGUCUUCUACUCCAGGUACCUGGGUUGGUUACUAGUUUAGUUUAAAAGGCAGGAUGAAUGGAGCUACAGGAAGCUUUCGAAGCACUUGUGUGAACUCUAGGGGCUGUUCUGAAAAUAGAAUCACAGAAUCAUAGAAUAAACCAGGUUGGAAAAAACCUGUAAGAUCAUCAGGUCCAGCCUUUACCCCAGUACUGCCAAGGCCACCACUAAACCAUGUCACUAAGGGCCUUGUCUGUGUGGUUUGUGAACACUUCCAGGGACACUGGAAGCAAAAGCAUAUUAGGAAUGUUUAAUGUUAGAGGAGUAAAACCCAAGCCAAAUAGGUAAGAAAAUAGGUAGCAGUGCUAUACUAAGCUUAACAGGCAGCAUUUUUGUUGGGAAAAUGUUAAAGCAGUAGAAGUUCCAGUGUUUGAGGGUUGGAGCUGCUGCUUGUUACUCAUUUGAGGGAUGGAAUUGUGAUUUCUGGUUCUGAAGAAAAUCAGCUGGUGAUUUUAUUCCCAAGGGAGCACAUACAGUGCUACAGUCAGCUGUGAUUUUAAAGCUUGCUUGCUCCUCAGUAACUGCCUCAGUCAUGCUUUGUCCCAGGAGUAGCCAAAGCAUGAGCUGUCAGGCUCUGGAAUGAGGCUGUGAGCUAACCUGUUCUUUUGCACCUCUUGCUACAUGACAUUGGGAAGGACUAAAUUGGUGAAUUUAAACCUUUUUGGGAUGCAUCUGGUCUUAUUUUAUAUAUCUGAAAUUGGGCAUUUUCCUGUAUAACAUGAUUAAGUCUUAGUACAUACAGAGGGAUGAUGGGAUUUGCAGGUUAUUUGUUCCAUGCAAGACCAUCUGGUUUUAUCAAAGGUGCCUGAUCUGUUCUGCACUCAAGUUACAAUCCCAGAGAGCCUCAAACACUUCCUAUUAAAACUGACAGAGAAAUCUGAAGUAUUGUAGGAUCCUAGAAUGGCAUGGAAGAUAGACUCUUCAGUCUAUGUCAUUUACAGAAGUAUUAUGAUAGUGACAUGGUCGGAGGUGAUGCUUUUAAAUUGGAAGUCUCCCUUGGCAUGUUGAGUUGGAUUCUCUUGUGAUGUCUGGCUGUUAAGUUUCUGCCGUUGUCUUUUUGGCUAGGUCUUCCAAAACUUUACCCUGGGCUUUUUGGAUGGCACCUUCUAUUUCUGCUUCACUUUGGGUCGGUACUGUCCUUUCUCUGGAAUGCAAAAUGCUUUCUGUAUAAACCACAUUUAAGGCUUCAGAGUUUGAGCAGCUUCUGCUUAAACCUGCAAGCCCUGAUGCUAAGUUCAUUCAAUGGUGAAUUUCUUGAAAGGCUUCCUGAGUCCAAAGGCCUGCACUACAUCUGAUCUUCGACUCACCCAAUGGAAGAUGGUAGUACUAAAGAGAGCUCUUUCUCAAUCUCCUCUUUAAUGGACUAUGUUACUCUUGCCAGCAGUAAUCUGAACCAGUUAUUACUAAUAAAAGCAACAGAGACAUUUUCCUGAAACCUUCAGCCAGCUGGAUUAUGCCUUACUUUAAGCCAUUGUAUAAGUAUGUAUAUUAAACUAAGAAACCAAUCUUGUGUUUAAAUAAUGAACUUGACAGCAAGAAAACAAGUUUGGAGACUGACUCAAAGAUGUGGGUUUCUUUCUUGGUUGUCUUUCAGUCAUAGUGUAACUUGGAAUAGCUUUUUAUAUACCUAAAAGCCAGUAGCUUUCUAAUGAUGAAGUAUUAAGUUUGAUCAUCGACUUGAACGUGUGUUUUAACAUUUGUUCUCAUAUGUUGUGGGUUGGGUUAGGAAACACUUCCAGGUGUUUAGAACUGAAUUAAAGUAGAAGAAUGGAUGACAUUUAA